AUGCGCAUGUCCCGCGCAACAACCCUCCUCCACCUCCUGCUAGGUCUCCGAACUUCCGCAUCGGCAUCGGCGUCGGCAUCAGCACCAACACCCACCGCUCUCUCUACCCAACUGCUAAACAAAUCGCCCGCAUCCACCCUCUUCGCGCAGUGCCACGUAACAAACCUCUAUUCCACUCUCGCAAAAACCUACUCAACAAUGUCCAAUCAGGCAAACUCCAAUCCGCAAACCCCCACACUUGAAUCCUCACCCGAAGAUAAAUCCAAGCCGGUCCUCGCCCUCCCUGACUCGUCAAGCGCCUCAGAUGACGUCCCCCAGCUCGAUGUAAAUGGGGAUGGGGUGAAACUAGACCAUCUCGGUCCGCUAGUUGUUAAUACGGACGGCACGCUGGCGCGCAUCUCGAACUGGGCCCAGAUGACGGAGAUUGAGAGAAAAAAUACACUGAGGGUUUUGGGGAAGAGGAAUAAGGAGAGGAUGGCAAGGCUGAAGGCGCAAGCUGGUGAGGGGCAGGGCGAGAGUCAGGGGCAAGCGCAGUAA